AUGGAUAUGGAGUACAGAGAAAAGGAAAUAGUUUCGGCGUUUUUUUGGGGAAAUUCAUUGAACAUUGAAAGCAAUAGAAGAGAGGACGGUUUAUGUGAUCAAUUUUUUUCCUUUAUUGAUGAACUUAACAACAAGCUUGAAAAGUUUCAACUUCCUUCAGCCGUAAAAUGCGUUUACAACCCAACAAUAUACGCAAGAUAUACAUUCGAGUUGUAUGUUCGGAAAUAUUGUAAUUCGAUGAAACCAAUCAUGUAUUUUGGUAUGAAUCCAGGACCGUUUGGAAUGUCGCAGACUGGAGUACCUUUUGGUGAAGUGAGUUCCGUGAGAGACUGGUUAGGCAUAGAAGGACCAGUUGGUAAACCACCUAAAGAAGUAGAAACACGUCCUGUUAGAGGUUUUGAAUGUCCAAGGACUGAGAUAAGCGGCAAAAGGUUUUGGGGCUUGCUUAAAGAGAUUUGCGGUACACCAGAGAAGUUUUUCGAAACGAGUUUUGUCUACAACUAUUUAAACCAGCAAUGGAUGAAAAGCAAUGGAUGCAAUCUCACACCUGGCGACUUCAAAGUGUCAGAAAUGAAAGCUUUAUAUGAAAUUUGCGAUCAGACCUUCAUAAGGGUUCUCGAGCUUUAUAAAGUACAGACAAUAGUGGCGGUGGGCAAGUUCUGUGAAACUAGAGCCCACAAGGCGAUCGAGCAAUAUCUACCGUCAAAAUCUAAAACUAUAAAGGUGCUGUACCUUCCACAUCCAAGUCCUCGUACUGUCAACAACAAUGAUUGGGAUCAAAAGGCUAAAGAAUAUCUAACAAAAUAUGACCUGUUAAAAUAUUAUGUGGAUAAAGAUUAG